UUCCGGGUGCCGCUAGUCCCGUAGUUUUGUGUGGUUGCUCAAGUUAUUCCUGUUUAUAAGGUAUGAUCCGCGAGGCUAAUGUUAAGCUAUGUCUUUAUAAGUACUUUUAGAGACACAAUUGAUAUGUUUAAGACCUCCUCUUGUAUAUAAGAGCUUAAAUGGUUAUGUUGUAUGGACACAAAGCUAGGGUGCAGUAGCACCAACAUAGCUAUAUAAAGUGGGUUAGUCAACUUUGGCGCCUUGGCUACUUUCCGCAACAGCCUCCAUACAUCUCAGUGCCCAGACGUGACCAUCUGCAGAGACACAGGGCUUAUCAAAGCUGAUGUGACCACAGAAAAUACCAGUGGAGAGGAUAUCAGGAAGUGGCCUAAGUCAAACACACAGAAAGGAACAGGAUGGCCCCUGAGAUCCAGACAGUGGUACAUGCGACCCAAGCCUGGCUGCGGUCCUCCUGGCACAUCCAGGUGCCCUUUGCCUGGCUGGAAGCUUGUGUGGAGUGGCUGCAGGAAGAGGCAGGAGGAGCAGGCCGCCUGUCACAGCAGCAAAUCAACCAACAGGCGCUGGACCAGUGGCUGUUGACAGACCUGAGGGACCUGGGCCACCCUGUUCUCCCUGAGGGUCUCUCUCAGGCCCAGAAGACUCAACUCAGCGGCACCUUCUGUGUCCAGGUUGACUCAUUAAUAGACAUCAGCCAGCCUGCGUACAGUCAGCUGCAGAAGUGGAGGGGCUCAGACUGUGGCAACGACGAGGUGUCUGCUGUCACGCAGGCCACCCAGAGGCCCUGGGAAGCCAAACCAACCCGUAUGCUACUAUUGCAGGUGACAGAUGGAGUCCAGAGCUUGGAGGCCAUGGAGUAUCAGUCGAUCCCUGCACUCAGCACGGCUCUCAGGCCUGGUGUGAAGCUGCAGCUGCAUGGGCAGAUGGUUUGCAGACUUGGGAUGCUUCUGUUGGGGCCGACCAACAUCAAGGUCCUGGGUGGUGAGGUGGAGGACCUGGUGGAGAGGAAUCAACAGGGCAAGAUUCUGUGUCGGACGCUGGGACUUCCUGAGGAGGAGCAGCAGGAGGGGGAGGAGGCUCCACCAGCACCACAACAAGGUAACCAGGAAGUGGAGGACCUGGAGGUGGAUGAUGCAGAGUUGUUGGCAGCCAGUCUGGAGGCCCAGGAGGAGGUGGAAUGGGUUCAGGUUGAGCCUAUUCGAGACAGUGGCUACAGGACGCUCAGUGUGACCUCCACUCAGUCCUCGAGAAGCUCCACUGUCAGGAGCCUUGUAUCGACAGCCUCAUCUAGAAGUGAAGCCUCUGAACUCUCGUACAGAAGUGGUUUCAACCAGAGCAACAGGGGUGGUUUAGUCCAAGGUCAUCGCUACGGAAAUGAACAAGAGAUCCCAGAUCACAACAUGGCAGACGAAGACUUUCCUGAUGAAGACUUUGACGAUCUUCCCCUGGAUGAGUUGGACAGUGUGAUUUUUCAAGAAAGUCCAAAUGUUGUUGCACAGUCUGACAGCAGUCACAGAAACACGCCACACAACAACAACAACAACAACAGAAUAACAGGAAGUCCUAACAGAGCAACAAAAGCCCAAACUGCUCAGUUUGAGCAGCACACUUUGGAUGGCUCUGGGUCAAGGCUUGGUUCUAGCAACUCCAGAUCCACCAAACAGAAAAGAGACUAUCAAGGCUGCGCUAAAGGAGCUACAGUGAAGUCCUGUAACCCAGCAGCUUCAGGGCCAACGCAUGAAUUAGAGGUUGUUACUAAUGAUGAGAGCGAUUUCAUGGAUGAAGAUAUGGACUGCCUUAUGGCUGAGGUAGAAACUGGGAUGCCAAAUCAGCUCCCUGUUCAACAAGGACCUAGUAGAGACAGAGAGAGGGCCACCAACAAAACAGUAACUUCAAUCUCCAAUUGUAGACUUGCUGGUGACUCAUCAGCAAGUUCUAUUAAGACAAAACCUGCAUUUGAGAGCUCGCACAUGACACCCCAGCGGCAAAAUUAUACCUCAAACUCUGCAGUAUCUGAUAGACCAUCUUGCAGCUCGGUCCCUGCUGUCACUCUGACCUCUCCACCUUUCACCUAUUUGUGCCUGCUAGAAGAGACAAUGUCCAAACCACACCCUCGCACCACAGAGAUCCGCGUCAAAGCUUUCAUUGUGACUCUCUUGGGGAAACUGAGCAGCAACAGCGGUCUUUGGAGCGUCUGCGCUACGAUAUCUGAUGGAACUGGUUACCUGGACGUGGAGCUGUCCAAUGAGGUGUUGACGGGCCUGCUCGGCUUCUCUGUGGCGGAGAAGGGGGCUCUGAAGCGUGACCCAGCCCGGAGAGGUGAGCUGGACACUGGGAUGAGGAGGUGUCAGGAAGGGCUGGUGGACAUGUGCUGUGUUAUGACCAUCGUGGUUGAAGCAGGCGGCAGGAAAGCUGUGGUGACCAAGGCGGACCCCGUCAGUGAGAAAGUAGUCCAGGAGCUUGAGCAGAGGGUGAGAGAGAGGAGAAAAUAGACAUGGAGAAGAGGAUGGGGGGGAGUGGGUGAUAAUGAGAAAAUUACAGGCAACAGAAAAGUAUAUUGGCCUUAAGCAGAGAUGGAAAAUUGAAUGAAACUAAGGUGUUUUUUUUAGGACUGGUCAUCAACCUUCCCUUCUGCUUCAGAUUUGGAGAGCAGUUGUGUUGUCAUGCGUCUCAUCUGCUGUAGGUGGAUGUGAAUUUUGUCAUUUAUCAUUAGAGGAUUUCAUUCAUCUAUUCAGGGAGCGAUUUUGUGCUUGACAUGCACUGCAUUGCUCCCAAGCAAAGUAAACAGAUCUAUAACAUUGACACUGCGUAUAAACGAUUGGUCAUCAACAUAUUAGGUCAAACUAGUCAGAGCUGAGCAUCCCAAAUUGUAUAUAACAUUAAAAACUACAAAGAGAAGUGUGAGGCGUGUGAGAAGAGAGAAGGGAAUCGGGGGAGAAAAUAAUUCAUAUUCUGAUUGUUGUAAUGAAUUGCCAGCCUUUGCAUUCAUUCAGUACAUCCAUUACAUCUGACUGAAAAAUGAUUGAAUAUCCAAGGGCAGCGUGGGUCUUUAAUAAACUCCCCCUGAGGAGAAUGAGAGGAAAGGGAGAUAAAGGAGAGGCCAUGAGCUUCGAUUAUUUUUGUUCAUUAUGAAGCCUCAUCUGUGUUUUUGUCUUUGAUGAAUACAUAUACCGCAGAUUUGAUGCUUUGCCUUAAUUCUCUGUAUAUUGAAAUAAAAUUGUUUUUAAAGGUUUUAUCAUUUUCUGUCACACCCUUUGACUAAUAAAACAUGCUUCAAGUUAA